UACAUAUUUGUGGACAUUGGCAUCGAUUUGCUCCAUUUCAUCGAUACGUUGAAGGCCAAUUUUGAGAAGGGCUCCCGGCUGGCUGUCGUGUCUACGAUUCAGUUCGUUACCAGUCUUCAGGCGGCGAAAAGUCCCUUGGAACAGCAUGGGUUCAAGAUGAUUAUACCGCAGUCAUCGCCUUUAUCUCCAGGAGAAGUUCUGGGAUGCACAUCUCCA